ACAGCAUUAUUCUCCACAAUUUAUGCAGCCAAUUGGUCCCACCUACGACCACUUCCUCUCAUAACAUUUGCCCCAAUUUUUCCAUUGCCAUCACUCUCCACUCUCCGCGCUGAUGGCUUCUUAUCCCAUCUUUUCUCUCAUCAUCUUAGCACUUAGCUCUCUUCUACCAUCACUCUCGAUCUCCAUCUCGCCCUGUGACUUCCCGGCCAUCUUCAACUUCGGAGACUCCAACUCCGACACCGGCGGGUUAUCGGCGGCUUUCGGUCCUGCUCCCCCGCCCAACGGCGAGACCUUCUUCGGGAUGCCGGCGGGGAGAUACUCCGAUGGACGCCUAAUUAUCGACUUCAUUGCCCAAAGCCUGGGACUUCCUUAUCUAAGUGCAUACCUUGAUUCGGUCGGGACUAAUUUCUCCCAUGGAGCCAAUUUUGCGACGGCAGGAUCAACGAUCAGACGACAGAAUAAAACAUUAUUUCAGGGUGGUUUUAGUCCCUUCUCCUUAGAUGUGCAAUCCUGGCAGUUCUCUCAGUUCAAAUCUAGAUCCCAGUUGGCUUACAAACGAGGAGGAGUUUUCAAGGAUUUAUUACCCACUGAAGAUUACUUCUCUCGGGCUCUGUAUACUUUUGACAUUGGUCAAAAUGACCUCACUUCGGGCUAUUUUGAUAACAUGACAACUGAGGAAGUUAAAGCAUAUGUCCCGGAUGUUCUCAACAAGUUCACUAUAGUUGUAAAGAAUAUAUAUGGGCAAGGUGGGAGGUUCUUUUGGAUCCACAACACUGGUCCCUUCGGCUGCCUCCCAUAUGUUUUAGACCGUCUUCUCCUCACGGCAGCUCAGGUGGACCGGGUUGGCUGCGGAGCUCCUUUCAACGAGGUGGCCAAGCUCUUCAACGUAAAGCUCAAGAAGACCGUAAACCAGCUAAGAAAGGACCUGCCUCUAGCCGUAUUCACCUACGUGGAUGUCUACUCCGUUAAGUACGAGCUCAUAAGCCAAGCCAACAAGCAUGGAUUUGAGCAUCCUCUCGUGACUUGCUGUGGGCAUGGUGGCAAGUACAAUUAUAAUGCUCAUUUGGGUUGUGGAGGGAAGAUUACUGUGAACAACACCGAGAUUUUGGUCGGAAAAUCGUGCGAGGAUCCUUCGAAGAGGACAUGCUGGGACGGAGUUCAUUACACUGAAGCUGCUAACAAGUGGGUGUUUGAUCAGAUAGUAGAGGGUGCUUUCUCGGACCCUCCAAUCCCACUAAGAAUGGCAUGCAAGAAGCAGCAAUGAAAGCAUUAGCAGUGUCCGGCCUUUUACUCUCUCUCUCUCUCUCUCGUUGGUGCUAAUAAUAUGCAUUAUAGCUGAUAAGCUGCCUUUGAGAACUUAAAAUGCUUCUAAUGGGGAAGCAAAUAAAUUUAUGAUUUGAAUUAUGUGAA